UGCCGCGGGCGCCGCCUCGGUGACUCCGUAGCAGGGCGGGGAUGCUGCUGCCCGGAGGUCGCAUCCCAGCUGCGGGGCUCCUCUUUCUCCUGCUCAGCAGCGCCGGGCACCUCCCAGCCUCUCCCGUCGCAGCCGCCGGGAGCUGAGCCCGCGGCUAGCGGCGCCAUGAGCCGGAACCAGCCCGCUGGGGGCACUGGGAAUCAUAUGUAAAAGAAAUUAAAUACCCAGAGUCAUCAUUCCUCUCCGAAUGCAGAUCACUUUCAUCUCAGGCAUCAAAAGAACAAAAAAUGCCAAGUCUAACGUCUGACCACAAAUAUCUGAAUAAUAAAGCCUCGGGAAGAUCAUUGGGAUGUUUUCCCUUUGAAAGUAACUGGAGGAGCGCAUUGUUAAAGACAGAAAGGAUAAAAAAAGCAGAAUACUCUUCAACCUUUGGCUUGAGAGACUGUGAGGAGAGUGCUGCAAUAUCAAACCUUACUCAGGGAGUCCAGACCUAUCAAGAAAACCCAUCUUCUAUUCUGCAGAUGAAAAAAGGAUUUGCAUAUGGUGCUGCUAAACCAUUUCCAACUAGCUCUUAUAGUGAAGAUGACCAUCAUUUUGUGCCAACUUCAGACAUACUUCCACAGACCUCAUCACAGUAUUUAGGAUAUGAGUUUUGCAAAAACAGGGGAGACGUACCUGUGGUGGAUCUGCAGAAGAGAGGACUAGAUUUUUGGAACCCAAGUCCACUGAAGAUGCCAGCCAUUCAUGAUGGAGGUGGAGAGAUAGGAGCUUUGAGAUCCAAGAAGAAUAACCACAUUUCCAGCAUAUGUUCACUUCCAGCGGGACCCAGAUACAAGUUCGGUCAUCACCAUUUCACAGAUCCUUUUGCUGGAGCUCCACCUGAAUACAUACAUAGACUCUCUGAAAUAAAAUCAUUUCAGUGUGAAACUAUACGUCAAGAGCAAAACAAAAAAUUGAAAAGGGGCAAGAAAGAAGAAACAUGGACAAGCUGAUGGGCAAGAAACAAGCUCUUGUGUACACUAUUUUGUGAGCUUAGAUGGUUUUGCCCACUGAAAUACAAAAACUUUGCUUUUAAAUACAGUCUGAUGCUAAAUAAUGAUUUACCUAAAAACCUGUUUAAUGUAAACAAACU